CCUAGCAACACUUGGCACUUCGCGCCGCGAAGCGCGAGCGCGCAUCCGGUUAGCAGCCAGGCGGCGGGCGCGGUGUGGUGCGGGCUGCUUUGCAUUAUGUGCCGCUCGGCCCUGGUUUUUUUUACUGCCACAUUAGUCUGCCUGCAAAACUGCAGGCCAGGUCCUGUCCCGUUCCUCCGGGCGGCCUGGAUGUUUUCAGUUGUUCUUGGACUGGGCCAAAGUGAAGACAAUAGAUGUGCAUCUUCGAAUGCAGUGUCCUGCACCAAGUGCCUUGCGCUGGGUCCGGAAUGUGGAUGGUGUGCUCAAGAGGAUUUCAUUUCAGGUGGAUCAAAGAAUGAACGUUGUGACACGGUUUCCAAUUUAAUACACAAAGGCUGCUCAAUUGAUUUAAUAGAAUACCCUUCUGUGCGUGUAAUGCCAAGUGAAAAUGAAAUUAAUACCCAGGUGACACCAGGAGAAGUGCUGAUCCAGCUGCAUCAAGGAGCUGAAGCUAAUUUUAUGCUGAAAAUUCAUCCUCUGAAGAAAUAUCCUGUGGAUCUUUAUUAUCUGGUUGAUGUCUCAGCAUCAAUGCACAAUAAUAUUGAAAAAUUAAAUUCAGUUGGAAAUGAUUUAUCUAGAAAAAUGGCAUUUUUCUCCCGUGACUUUCGCCUUGGAUUUGGCUCAUACGUUGAUAAAACAGUUUCACCAUACAUUAGUAUCCAUCCAGAAAGAAUUCAUAAUCAAUGCAGUGACUACAACUUGGACUGUAUGCCUCCCCAUGGGUACAUCCAUGUGCUGUCUUUGACGGAGAACAUCACUGAGUUUGAAAAAGCAGUUCACAGACAGAAGAUCUCUGGAAAUAUAGAUACACCUGAAGGAGGUUUUGACGCUAUGCUUCAGGCAGCUGUCUGUGAGAGUCAUAUUGGAUGGCGAAAAGAAGCUAAAAGAUUGCUGCUGGUGAUGACAGAUCAGACAUCUCAUCUUGCUCUCGACAGCAAAUUGGCAGGCAUAGUGGUGCCAAAUGACGGAAACUGCCAUCUGAAAAACAACGUCUACGUCAGAUCAACAAGCAUGGAACAUCCCUCACUAGGCCAACUUUCAGAAAAGUUAAUAGACAACAAUAUUAACGUCAUCUUUGCAGUUCAAGGAAAACAAUUUCAUUGGUAUAAGGACCUUCUACCCCUCUUGCCUGGCACCAUUGCUGGUGAAAUAGAAUCAAAGGCUGCAAACCUCAAUAAUCUGGUUGUAGAAGCCUAUCAGAAACUCAUUUCAGAAGUGAAAGUUCAGGUGGAAAACCAGGUAAAAGGCAUCUACUUUAACAUUACUGCCAUUUGUCCAGAUGGAACCAGAAAGCCAGGCACAGACGGAUGCGGAAAUGUGACAAGCAAUGAUGAAGUUCUUUUCAAUGUAACAGUUACAAUGGAAAAAUGUGAUGUCACAGGAGGAAAGAGCUAUGCAAUCAUCAAACCUAUUGGUUUCAAUGAAACCACUAAAAUUCAUAUACACAGAAACUGCAGCUGUCAGUGUGAUGACAGCAGAGGACCUAAAAGAAAGUGUGUAGAAGAAACUUUUCUAGAUGCCAAGUGCUUCCAGUGUGAUGAGAAUAAAUGUCAUAUUGAUGAGGAUACAUUUCCUUCUGAAAGUUGCAAGUCACACAAGGAUCAACCUGUUUGCAGCGGUAGAGGAGUUUGCAUUUGUGGGAAAUGUUUAUGUCACAAAAUUAAGUUUGGAAAAGUGUAUGGAAAAUACUGUGAAAAGGAUGACUUUUCUUGUCCAUAUCAUCAUGGAAAUCUGUGUGCUGGGCAUGGAGAGUGUGAGGCGGGCAGAUGCCAGUGCUUCAGGGGCUGGGAAGGGGAUCGCUGCCAGUGCCCAUCUGCAUCUGCCCAGCUCUGUGUCAGUCCAAAGGGCCAAGUGUGUAGUGGGAGAGGCACAUGUGUAUGUGGCAGGUGUGAGUGCACUGAUCCCAGGAGCAUCGGCCGUUUCUGUGAACAUUGUCCCACAUGUCACACAGGCUGCAGUGAAAACUGGAAUUGUGUGCAAUGCCUUCACCCUCACAAUCUGUCUCAAGCUAUACUUGAUCGGUGUAAAACUUCAUGUGCUCUCAAAGAACAGCAUUAUGUGGACCAAACAUCAGAAUGCCUCUCUAGUCCAAGCUACUUGAGAAUAUUUUUCAUCAUUUUCAUAGUCACAUUCUUGAUUGGGUUGCUUAAAGUCCUGAUCAUUAGACAGGUGAUACUACAAUGGAAUAAUAAUAAAAUUAAGUCCUCGGCAGAUUACAGGGUGUCAGCCUCAAAAAAGGAUAAGUUGAUUCUGCAAAGCGUUUGCACAAGAGCAGUAACCUACCGACGUGAAAAACCUGAAGAAAUAAAAAUGGACAUUAGCAAAUUAAAUGCUCAUGAAACUUUCAGGUGCAACUUCUAAAAUGAUAAAAAAAAAAAAAAGAAAAGUACCUUAUGGGAAACUGGAUUUUAAAUAAUUGCUCCUAAAAUUUAUUAUUUUAGAAGUCACAGGAGGAGACAAACUUGCUAGAUCAUGCCAGUUGCUGGUUGUCUACUCGAAUGAAGACUGACAAGCAUCCUCAUCAUCAUGUGACUCACACUGCUGCUGAAAUUUUCAGAGAAAAAUGUGUCUUACUACUGUUUGAUACUAGUGUCAUUGUAGCACUUUACUGUAAUAUAUAACUUAUUUAGAUCAGCAUAGAAUGUAGAUUAUCUGAAGAGCACUGACUACACUUUACAGGUACCCGCCAUUUGUACACUUCCCAGAGAGACAACGCUGUGAGAUAGUUUUGGCAUUGUGUCACUACAAGGCUACCGUAAUCCCUGCACCAAACAUGCAGACAAGCGAAUAAUGCAGUUAUACUAAUGUUGCCAAGCACUUCAACAACUGGCGGCAGUGAACAGACAAGACCAGACAGAUGAAUAAAUGAUUAGUGUUUCAUUCGUUCAAGAGAUAAACAGAUAAAACCUUAAUCUUGAGGGAUAUUGCUUUUGAAAUAGUAGUUUUAUGCAUGUGUGUUUGUUUUCUUUGACAAGAUGGAUACUAAUUCUAACAUUCUUUCCUCUUUGCCUUUAUAUUUUGGUUUUCUUUCUUACAGGAUAAGUUUAUAUAUGUCACAGA